GGAACAUUUACACACACAGAAUACAUUCAAAAAAUAUUUUAUUAUGCACGUGUGAUAAUUUAUGCACAGAAAUUAUUUGGUCAUACAUCUUUGUAAUUCAUAGUCAUUCCCAACAGCCAUAACAGACACACAAAUUCAAUGCAUCACAUUAUGUGGUUCAGAUACAGUUGCCUGUGAUUAUACACUUGGCCAGUAGGUAGUUUCGUGAGCACAUGAAGCUUCGAGAAAUGAACCCUUUCUCGAACCAAUUGGCUGAAGUGGUUCGAUGCCUCAUGAGGCUUCAUCUCACCAUCACUAGUUCAUAUCAACGCGCUUAAUAUGGGACUAUCCUUUGCACAAGUCGUCUUUCCGCCUUUUCUCCUGACUGACCUGACAAGAUGCAGCAAGAUUAACGCCGACUCAUACCAACUAAAUGACUUGAUUGAUCCUCGGGCAGUUCAAACCUAAAUGGAUUAUUUCUUCGACGACCUCUCGCUGCCCUCCGCCUCACGGUCCUCCUCCAGGAGCGGACAUGAAGAGCCUCAAAUGACCGACAAGUCGAUGCAUAUGACAGGAGACGCCGACCCAUCAAGAGGGAUGUCCUCCAGCAUGAGCAUGACUGAGAGUGAAGAGCAGCACAGCAGCUCAAGUAUAGAUGACAUCAGCAGGAGAGCUCAGGAACUAGUGGAAAAGAUAAAUAACAGCCGCACCACUGACCAGAAAGUGUUGGACAGCUUCCAGGAGAAGUUAAUGGAAAAGGUGAUGGAGAUGUGUCAGCAGAUGAAGGAUCACAUGUACACGAUCUACGAAGAGAACAGCAACGAGAUGCAGGUGAAGCUGCAGGAGUUGUCCGAGGUGCUGGAAAGCUGCACGAAGCUGAACAGUGAGCUCACAGAGGCCACCCAGGCGCUGGGAAGUCUCAGAGGGGGCCUGGCCAUCAGCGAGACAUCAGAUCCCUGAUAAACUCGCUAUUGCUGUGAUGUUUAUAUUGUUUUUUUUACUAGUUCCGAAUUAGUCAAUGUGUUCUUUAGCUUAUUGUGUUGAGUAUUCAGAAUAGUUUACUUUUAUCGAAAUGCACGAGUGAAUAAGAUUACUCUUUUCCCAGACUGCGUCUUUGUUGUGAGGACAGUAGUGCACUUCACAGCUCAUGAUUGCAGUCAAAGAAUACAAAAAGUACACCUGAAAACAUGUUUUAUAUAUAUGUACAAUUUCAGUAUCUGUUGAUACAAUUAAUAAAACUAACGAGAACAAAAUAAACCUCAUUAUUCGUCUCUCAGGUGUCAGCACAGGUGAUAAUUGGCUCUUCGGACCGACAGUAACUUACAUAAUAUGACAUUAAAUAAGAACAGAAGAUAAUUUAGAUUUCUAAUUUGGUAUCUUUUACAUAUCUCAGCUACAGUCACUCGUAUUGUAUAUUUCCACAAAUUCAAAAGCCAUUUAUUUACAUAUUAUCCAUUUAUCACAAAAUAAA